CUCGACAGAUAUUCCAAUUCAAGCCAAUUUCAGUUCCAGAGUUCUGUGGACAAGAUGCCUUCGUCAAGAUCCCAACGUUUGACAUCCAAGUGGGCCCUCAAGCCCGGGAAGCCAGCGUCCAGCUUGGACGGAGAUGAGUGUGAGACUGACGAAGCUGACAUAUGUCCAGAGUCGUCCACAGACGCGAAGCCAGUAUCCACGAGAAGGACUGGUCUUCAAAGAUCAUCAAGGGUCUUGAAAGACGUGACUAAUCUGCCUUCACCUAGGCAAUCUGUCUCAGAGCAGGUCAUUGCGAGUGCGUCUGAGUGGAAAGGAUUUGUGAUCAUGGUUGACAUUUGCUUCCAGAGACAGUGGACGGGCAACGAUAUCGAAACGGGUGCGACCCCCGAGCAGAAGAAGAAGAAGCCCAAUGAUGGCCAAGAGGAGGAGGAGGACGACGAUGCCUAUCUCCCGACCCUGGAAGAGGAAAGGGAAGAUGAAGAAGACGAAGAAGAUGUCGCGUUCGACAAAGAAGAAUUGGAUGAUGAGAUACGGCAGCUGUUACCCCGUUUAUUUGAAGAUGUCGAGGAUGACGACUUCUUGGCAUUGGAUGCCGAGGCCGAGGUGGACAUCGAGCCUCAAUGCAAAGAGACUGAGGAGGAAGAAGAGCAGGAGGGGGAGGUCGAAGUGCCAUCCACACUUCAAGACUCUCUCAAACGCAAGAGUCAUGGCGCAAGUUGCCGACCUGCGAAGAAGGCUCGACGAUGCCCAGUCGUUUCCUACACGGCGGAGGAGUGGAUCGCCCACUUCGAUAGCCAAAAAAAGAAUCUCGUUGCGGAAGAUGACCCCGACUUUCUGAGAUUCCAGAGCAACUUUGGCGCCUUGAUUCGAGGAGCUUGCCUUGCGGCAGCUGAUACAGAAACUGAGCCAAUGAACGAAUGGAUGAUGCGACCCAAGGAAGAACGAGAGAUGACUCGAGGGUUUCGCAGUGUUCUGGCGCGGAUUUCAUCUAAGGACCUUCAACAAGAAGUGUUCUCCCAUAUGCCUCGAAUGGCACAAAAGAUCCUUGGGAAGAAGGAUUUGAAGCCUGUCGACCUUCUCGACUUGCCUCUGUUUCCGAGCAUGUACAAGCAUCGGGCUGCGUAUCUCAAUGUACCUACCCGCAUCGAGGCGUACAAGAUCACUCGUGGUGAUUCUCCUUGGACCAAAGCCAAAAUCAGGGUCCCUGUCAAUGAACAGGCUCUGCAGACGCCAUUGGACACCCGCGUCUACGCCGGUUCAACAAACGCCACACUCGGAGGUUACACCCGUGUCGGAGCACAUGAACGGGCUACGCAUGGCGACAAAAGCCAGAACCAUGAUCUGGCAAAGCACUACAAAUUCGCCUCGCAGCCGGAUGUCGUGCUCAAUUUCAGGCUUGUCGCGACAUGGUCUAACCCAUUUGCGGCUGAGAACCCUGGGGACCAAGAUCUCACCCGUUGGUUGUCAGUAUUCGUCGAAGCGAUGACAAUAACGUACCUCGGGUUAUACAACCGCAGUGAUCGAUGCGCAAGUCUUGGCAGCCUUUUCUCGAGGGCAUCAUAUGAGCUAUCCGACUCACUGCGAAAAGGAGUUGAUUUGCCCGCCUUUGGUGAGCACUCAUUGAACAGGGCUUGGCCUUUGAUGCAAGGUGUCGCUGGGGGCAUGUCGAGGGCUGAUUCCUGCGCAAAUCCAAACUGCGCUCUUCCUCUCGAGUCGAAACACCCCGAGCUGCCGUCGUACUUGACAUGCAAGAUGCUAUGUUCAAGCGAGGGCCCCAUGGGGUUGAAAUAUUGCGUGCAGUGUACGAGAUUCGCCUGCAUGAAUGGUGGCACAAUGCGAACACGUGCGGCCACAGCCAACGGCUUCUUUGACCAGGAGCUCGGAAGGAAGCUGGAGUCAAUCAACGACUCUUUUCUUGGUAAUGGCAAUCCUCGCCAAUGCCGAAACACGUCUUGCCGAGUCAACAUUCCCGAUUCGGCCAGUUUAUAUGGCUUAGCCAAUGGCAUUCGAUGCCACCGAUGCCACGAGUUUCGCGAGCGCCGUCUAAUUGAAUGGUCGCCACUAGACUACUCUGGGAUCGACGCCAAUCCUUGGAGUGAUCCCAAGGAAUGCUCUGCUUGUGGCGUUCACACGGACGACGUCCACGUAUGGGACCGUGGUUUGUCUCGUCUUUGCCAGUCUUGCAACGAGAAGAGGUGCUCGUUCGGCGAGCAAAUGGAGCCAUCUACACCUCAGCCGCACACCGUUGUCGCAUGCUUCAACGAGACUUGUCAGAGACGAAAGGGUCUGAAAAUGAGCAUGACGAGGAUGAUUGAAGAUGUCAUUGAGAAUGUCUGGCGCUGUCUGAUCUGCGAUUGGGAAUUCUGUGAGUCCCUGCAUGAUUACGACGUAAGACGCGAAAUCCCACACCAUCGGUACAACUUGACAUCAUGUGUCAGUUGCGGUCGAUUCCAUACAUACGACAAAUGGAAGAAGGUCGAAGGUGGGUACAAGUGUGGUGAGUGUGUGCUCGGGGACUCUCGCUGCGCCAACGCCCAAUGCCCUCGUCACCGUGCAGUGUUUGCAGAGCGCAAAAAGUGGGAUCCAGUUCUCCAAGACUGGUUCUGCGACUGGUGCUUCAGAUCGAACGCGCAAAGACCCGACGACAAGAAGUCGAAAAACUUCCAUGCCGUCAACCGAUACGUUGUCGGAACGCGAGUCUGUGUCAACCCGCAUUGCGGGCACACCGAUGAGACUUGGAGCUGGUCUUGGGUCUAUCAAGAGGGACACAAAGGGAAUCCUGAGUACCUGCGGUGCGCGAAAUGUCAUAACCAUUUACGGGAACAUGGCGAAGAGCGACGCCCCCACGCAAACCGCACCAGUCUGGGGCCAACAACCUGCUUCAACUGCAAGGGCACAGAGGAAACGCUGGGUCCCCAGAUGUGGCGAACCGUUCUCGACGCCGACGGACAUCCAACAGCUCAGUGGCGAUGCGAUAAAUGCCACAGCUAUUGGUUCAGACACAAAGAGGAGCGGACGGACGACAACCUCAAGCGGAAGCCAGUGCCGACGACUCGCGAAUGUGCGAAUCCGAACUGCGAUACCACAGGCGAGGUCAAGAGAGGUUGGUCGAAGACCGGGACAGACGAAAACGGGAACGACAUCUGGAGAUGCAAAGGCUGUACGACGUAUUGGAAGCGCACUGGCAGAGAUAGGACCAGCAUUCGGGUGAACCAAAAGAAGCGCGUGGUCGAGAAAAAGAAGAAAUGAAAGAGUUCGAAAGUUUUGGAUAAUGGAGGAGCUUUGGGAUGAUUCGAGAUCAGGGUGGCGAUUGAUUCAGGAGAUUUGGGGGCCUCCGUUUCCAGUUGGCUGGUGUUGAUGAUCAAUGCGCGAGGCGCGGAGGCGAACGCGUUCCACACGCUAGUCGGAUCAGAAACAGGAACACGGCUCGCAGAG